CUAUAUUUGACGGAUACCUUUGUAAAUUUCAAAUCAUCUUCCUUAAUUCUUCUCUCAGUCAAAUCAUCAAACACUUAGCCUUCAAUCCACAAAUUCUCUUCUUUUAAGCCCUUUCCCCACCAUUUUUCUUCACCAAAAAUCAAAAUAUCCAUUUAUAGAAGAAAAACAGAGAUGGGUUUUUCAAAAAGAACCUUGUGCGCGUAAAUUUCAAGUCACUUUACCCAAUUUUUCUCUCAGACAAUUCAUCAAACACUUUUUCUGUAAUCCACAAAUUCUCCUCUUUUAAACCCUUUUUCCACCAUUUCUCAGCACCAAAAACUCAACAAAAAUCAAUUUCUCCAUUUAUAGAAGAAAAAUAGAAAUGGGUUUUUUGAAAGAAGAUAAAAAAACCAGAGUUUUGAGAUGGGUCAAAACUAUUUUUUUCUUGAUUUCUAUGUUGAUUUCAUUUUUACUUUUUUCUGCCCCAGUUCUUCUUGUUAUUGCAGAUACAAUUCUUCCUUCACUAUUAUUAUCUGCUUCUAUUUCACCAUCUUAUCUAUCUGUUCAAACUUUUGCUUCUCAUCUGAGUAAUUAUGAUUUUCGGUAUUCACUCAUUGAUAUUCCUCUCAUCUCCAUCGUCAGGUCCGUCAUCAUUUUAUGUGUUUAUAGCUUAUGUGAUGGACCAAGGCUAUCAAGAGGACCAUAUUUGGGAAUUGCCACAAUUUGUUCAGUGUCAUCUUUGGUGUUUGUAUCUUUGAAGGCUUCAUAUGUGUUUGCACACAGUUCGAAUUUGGAUCGAGGAGGAUACGUUCGAGCUAUGGAGAUGGCGUUAUUCGUAUGCUCGUUAGCGUUAGCCGUUGCACAUGUAGUUGUGGCGUAUCGAAUUAGCUGCAGGGAAAGAAGAAAGCUUCUUGUUUACAAAAUUGAUAUUGAAGCUGUCUCAGCAUUCAAGACCGGAUCAUUUUAUAGAUAUCUUAAAGUUACUCCCAGCAGAAAGAGUGAAGUUAAACUCAAAUCUACAGAGUCCAUAUGCACAUGAAAUUGUUCUUCUGGUUUCUUUCGACCAAAUCCAGUUUCCACAGGGCAGGUUUCAGGUAAUUAAUUGCCAUAUCAUCUUCUUAAUUUUGAAAAUAUUCUAUUUGAUCCACUGUGCACUAAGUUUUUAAGCCUGAUUAGGCUAACCGAUUAAAAGUAGGCGAUAAGCAUCAAGUGCUGGAAAAGUACUUUUAGGGUCUGAAACUAAUUUUGUAAAGAAUUUGUUACGUAUUUGGAUAGAAGUGUCGAAACUGAUAAUAAGCAAUUAGUUGGUAAAAAGAUGCAGAUAAGCAUUUUUUCUUUUGAAAUGAUCGAAACGUCGUUAGAAACUAUUUAGAAAAUAUAUAAAUAUAAAGGUUUUUUUUACAUACAAGGACGAAUGACAGUAAUAAAAUUGAGAUAUAAUUAACAAUAGUAUGUUUUAAGAAGAGUAUUUAGGAUAUUGCAAAAGAUAUUAGGGAUAAUAUCGUAAAAAGGUUUGGUCAAAUCAAAAUCAAAAGUCAGGAGUGGCCAACUUAUGCUUUGGACUGAUUUUUAUGUUUACCAAACACUGAAAUAAGCCAAAAACUACUUAUGAAUUAGUUUGACCAACUUACAAAAUUUACGGAACAAUCUCUUUUGUACCGUAGGCCAUGUGCUGCCACCAGAUUCAUACUCAGAUUAUUGCUUUAUUUUUUUCAUUUACUCUUUUAUGAAUUAAUUUUUUCUUUUAAACUUUCCAGUCAUAGUACAUAACUGACUGACUCUUUUACAACUGUUCUGCUUUUGCAAGUAUAUCCAAAGGAGAGAUCUGAAGCCUGAUUGGUCAAGAGAAAUAGUCUAUAUAUAGUAAUAUAUAUAUAAAAAAUACAAUAUACUACUCAAGAUUAUGUAUAUGUGCAAAUGUGGUGUGUUCUGUGUCAGCAGAUAGUAAUACAGGACAAGAGCAUUAUGAUUCAGCACCCAUUGCUCCGCUUAAGCAACUUGUACAGAUAUUUGUUCUACUUUAAUGCCAAUUGUGUUUCACAGAUUA